AUGGAACUGAGGGGUAUAACAUUUUUGGUAACUAAGGAUAAGCGUGGUUGUCUUUACUUACAAAAGAAGAUUGGGGAGGCUAACCCUGAGGAGAUUGAGAUGUUCUUCGAGCUCAAAGAUCAAUUUCGCAAGUUAAUGGGAGAGCAUGUCAAUCGUCUCGUUGCUAAAAUUGCUACCAACGCACUUGUCCUCUGUGAAAGUCGUUUUGGAAACUAUGUUGUACAGUUUAUACUAGCAAUGAAGGAACCAUAUGUACAACAUGCCAAAGCACACAUAUUUGCACAACUUGCGGGGAACUAUGUUAGCCUCUCCUUUAAUAAAUACAGCAGCAAUGUGGUGGAGAAGUGUUUGAAAAAGGCUGGAGAAGAUCAAGCCGAGGACUACAAAGGAGGCAUGCAAUACAUGGUACAAAGGCAUGAACCA